CUCCUCCUCCGAUCCCGACGGCCACCGCGCCUCGCCGUCGCUCUCUCACUCUAGCUGUUUCGGCGGUGGCGGUAGGGGGAGAGCCUGCGGUGCUCUCUCGGGGGGACGCCCCGCCCGGCUUUGUUGACUAGGCAGGGGGAGGGGGGGGGGGUGUGGGAGUUGUUUGUCUCCUUCCUCGCGCACGCGAUCCGCGCCUGACUGCGGCUUCGUCUUCCCUCGUUUUGGUGCUCUGCUCGCUCGCCUCUGUUUGUUUUUUUUCCCUUGGUUGGGUUGGGGUUCUUGUUGGUGGUGGUGGUCGGCUUCGCGGUGGUUCGUUCUCGGGGGUCGUCGUCGUCAACGCGGAGACUUUGCACUCUGGUGUUUGGUUGGUGUGGCCGAGGCGGUUGUGACGUUCUUCGCUCGGGCGGCGCAUUGGCAUUGGGCCGAGAUGGGCGGCGUGUGCUCGGCGGGGAUCCCGGGGGACAGGUCGCCGGCGGAGCUCUCGUUCCGGGCCAUGGGGUUGGUGAUGGAGCAGGAGCUGAAGGCCUUCCCCGUCGCCGGCAAGGUGCAGGGCAAGAACAGGACGGCGCCGGUCGAGGAGGCGGCGGAGCCCGAGGGCGGUGGCGAUCAGCCACACCGCCUCUCUCCCGUGAAGAGCCCCAGGCUGUCCACCGGCGCCGCCAAGGCUCGCCGGUCGGUCUCCAAGGAGCCGCAGCUGGCGCGCUCGUCGUCGGAGAAGCUCAAGUCCGGCAAGUCCAGGACGAGCACCUCCGGCAAGGCUUCAGACAUAGGCUCAGUGUUUGGUAGAGCCAGCACCUCUGGAAUUGGGAAGGCAGUGGAGGUUUUGGACACACUGAGCAGCAGCAUGACAAGUUUUAGCCCUGGAGGUGGGUUCGUAUCGGGCGCGAAGGCAAAGGGGAGUCUAGAAAUUGUUGCGUUUGAGGUUGCAAACACAAUUGUGAAGGGCAUGAGCCUCAUGCAGUCUCUGUCCAAAGAAAGCAUGAGGUUCCUGAAGGGGACUGUCCUCCGAUCAGAAGGUGUAAAGCGUUUGGUUUCUAGCGAUAUGAACGAGUUGAUGAGAAUCGCCGCGGCCGACAAGAGGCAAGAGCUAACGCUAUUUUCACGAGAGGUGAUCAGAUUUGGCAAUCGUUGCAAGAAUCCUCAGUGGCACAACCUCGAUCGCUAUUUUUCCAAGCUAGAAUCGGAAAUUACACCUCAACCAGAUCUAAAAGAAAUAGCAGAAGCAGAGAUGCAACAAUUGAUGAAUCUGGUUCGACUCACGGCUGAUCUAUACCAUGAGUUGCAUGCAUUAGAUAGAUUUGAGCAAGAUUAUCGCCGAAAAUUGGAGGAAGAGAAAAAAUCAGUUGGAUUUGAAAGAGGGGAUACUGUUCAGAUUAUUAAGCAAGAAUUGAAGAGCCAAAGGAAACAUGUACAAAACUUGAAGAAAAAGUCUCUUUGGAAUAAGAUGCUUGAUGAUGUCAUGGAGAAGCUUGUAGAUAUUGUCCACUUCUUACAUGUUGAGAUUCAAGAGUCUUUUGGGUCUUACGAUAUAGCUGCACAAUCGAAUGAAUCUUCGGAGAGCCGUCAGACAUUAGGAUCAGCUGGUCUCUCGCUGCACUAUGCUAAUAUCAUUUCACAGAUCGACAAUAUUGUUUCCCGAAGCACUGUUCCACCUCAAAGCACAAGAGAUGCACUCUAUCAAGGACUGCCUCCAACUAUUAAGUCUGCUCUUCGAACAAAGCUACUAAAUUCCCCAGAAUCCCAAGAGGUUCCAAUCAUUGAAAUCAGAUCUUCGAUGGAGAAAACAUUGCAAUGGAUUAUCCCGAUUGCUAGCAAUACAGCCAGAGCACACCAUGGAUUCGGAUGGGUUGGCGAGUGGGCGAACACAGGGAGUGAUGUGAUGCGAAGGGCGCCUGGGCAGCCUGACGUGCUCAAGAUCGAGACCUUCUACCAUGCAGACAAGGAGAAGACGGAGGCAUGCAUCCUGGACCUCGUCGUGUGGCUCCACCACCUCAUCAGCUACAGCCGGCCAAGCACCGGGGCCAGGUCGAGGUCGCCGAGCAGGUCGCCGGUGCGCUCCCCUCCCCUCACGCCGCCGCAGCAGCUGAUGACGCCGUCCUCACCGCCGCCGCCGGCGAGGCCGAGCGACCUCAGCCUCACCAGGGAGGACCGCGCGAUGCUUCAGGACGUGUACGCCAGCCGGCGCCGGCGCGCCCCCGGUCACAGCAGGAGCCAGGAGCUGUCGUCGAAUCGCGGCGGCGGCGGCGGCAGGGACGGCUCGUCGGCGGCGCAGCUGAGCAAGAACGACAGGCUGAGCAAGAGCAGCAGCGACGCCCCAGCGCGGGCCACCGCCGCCGGCGGCGGCGGCGGAGGAGGCAAGCUCUUCCCGCUGACCAGGAGGCCCUCCUCGGCCUUGGUGUCGCCCGCCGUCGACUUCGACAUCGACGGCAUCAAGGCGCUGGAUGGCCAGAAACGGCAGUGACCGUGACGUCACACCCGUCUUGUCUUCCUCGCCAAUUUUGCUCAAACCGUCCACUGCUCAACGCAGAGACGCCGGUGAACUGUGAAAGAGAUGAAAUCAAGAUAGAAAAUAAAUCAAGAAAUGGAGAUGAUCAGGCCAGAUGCGAAACCAGGAUCGGUGUGAUUGCAUUAUACUUGUUAAUUUGAUCGCCAUUGUAUAUUGUAGGAGAAAGAAAGAUGGAUAGAUAGGUACGUAGCCCAAGAAUUGCAGUGUCAGAUACCAUCAGACAUCACAUCAUAUGCAUAUAUACUUCCUAUGAAUGACAUAUUUUUAUGAAUGACA